GAAAGAAGAGCAGCACGCAACAAGAUAAUCCACCUGCUGCCAAGGAAACCAAGGUGUACAGCAAGGAGGAGGUAGCGAGGCACAACAAGAGGGACGUCUGCUGGGUCAUCAUAAAGAACAAGGUGUACGAUCUGACAUCGUAUGUGGAUGAGCACCCGGGUGGCGACGCCAUUCUCAACAAUGCAGGAGGGGACGCAACAGAAGGCUUCUAUGG